AUGGAGCUCCAGGGGAAAGUUGCGCUGGUGACUGGCGCUGCCCAAGGCAUUGGGAAAGCAAUUGCUGAAAUCCUCCUGAAGAACGGCGCUAAGGUGAGUCUGUUGGAUAUCAAUGCAUCCAGAGGGGAAGCCACCAAAGCUGCCUUGGCACAGACCUAUGGAGCUGAGAAUGUUUUGUUCCUUCCAUGUGAUGUAACAUCUGAGAAUCAGCUGAAAGAUUGUUUCAGCAAAACUCUUGAAAAAUUUCAGAGAUUGGAUAUAGUAGGCAACAAUGCAGGGGUCUUUGAUGAGGAAAACUGGGAGAACUGCCUCAGCAUAAACCUGGUCAGUGUAAUUAAAGGAACCUAUCUGGGAAUAAAGCACAUGAGUAAAGAGACUGGAGGGAAAGGAGGAGUGAUUGUUAAUACCGCCUCCAUUGCAGGUUUGAUUCCUUUCUUCCGUGGAGCAGUUUAUGCAGCCUCAAAGUAUGGAGUAGUAGGAUUCACUUCUUCAUUGUCUCUGACCUGCCUUGAGAAGCAUGGGGUUCGAUUACAAGCGCUGUGUCCUGUUUUUGUCGACACUAAGCUUCUGACAGAUCUGAAAGCAGUGAAGACUCCAGACCACAAGGAGAAACUUGAGAUGAUGAUGGCCAACCUUGGAGUUCUGAAGACCUCACACAUUGCAGAGGGAUUCUUGAAGCUCGUCAUGGAUCAGACCAGGAAUGGAGCAUCGCUGAAGGUGCUGGAAAAUGGCAAGCUGGAGUAUGAAGCAAAACCGUCAAUUCUUCCAGAAAGUCCAAAAUCUAUUUAG